UUUCGAAUUUAUACUCAGCGCGACAAGAGUCAAUUCCCUUCUUUUGCUUCGACAGCUUUCUUUCUUAUUUUUGAAUCACCAACACCGAAAGGAAUCAUGUUUGGAGUUACUAAGGAAUUCAUUGGAAAGCCUGCACCUCCUAACUAUGUCGCUGGUUUAGGUCGUGGUGCUACUGGAUUCACCACACGAUCAGAUAUUGGUCCUGCAAGAGAAACUGGUGAUGUCGGAGGCGAUGCCAAACAAGGUGCAGCAAAAGAAGGCGGCAACGAUGAAGACGAUGAACGAUUUCAAGAUCCAGAUAAUGAAGUAGCCCUGUUCUCCAGCGGGCCAUAUGAUGCCGAAGACGAAGAAGCCGAUCGAGUUUACGAAGAAGUCGCCAAUCGCAUGGAUGAACGACGCAGAUCACGACGUGAGGCGCGCGAACGAGAAGAAUUAGCGCGAUACCGACGAGAACGACCCAAAAUCUCGCAGCAAUUUGCUGAUUUAAAACGACAACUGUCCUCGGUUGACGAAACCGAAUGGGCAGCUAUUCCAGAAGUGGGUGAUUUGGUCGGCAAGAAUCGUAAACGGAACAAAAUGCCAGAACGAUUUACACCUUUACCCGAUACAAUUCUGGCAGCUGCUCGCGAUAAAUCACAAUAUGAGACGACGAUCAGUGCUGAUGACAGUGGUUCGGAAACACCAUCGGAUGGCAUGAUGACCAACUUUAGAGAAAUCGGUCAGGCAAGAGACAAGGUGCUUGGCUUGAAAUUGGAUCAGGUAUCGGAUUCGGUGUCAGGUCAGACGACGGUCGAUCCCAAGGGCUAUUUGACAGAUUUGAACAGUAUUGCACUACGAAGUGCUGCUGAAAUUGGCGAUAUCAAAAAGGCACGCUUGCUUUUUAGUUCCAUGACGACGUCGAAUCCUAAAUAUGCACCUGGUUGGAUGGCUGCUGCCCGUUUGGAAAAGGAAGCUGGAAGAAUUGUUCAGGCACGCAGUAUCAUUGCAAAGGGCUGUGAGCACUGCCCACAAAACGAAGACGUAUGGUUAGAAAAUGCCAGUUUGAAUACUACAGAAAAUGCAAAGAUUAUUCUCGCCGAUGCUGUACGACAUAUACCACAGUCCGUCAAGAUCUGGCUUAAGGCAGUUGAUCUGGAAACCGAAAACAAAGCACAAAAACGAGUACUGCGACGUGCACUUGAAUUUAUCCCCAACUCUGUGAAAUUGUGGCGCGCAGCUGUCAACAUGGAAGAAAACCCAGACGAUGCCAAAGUGUUGUUAUCGCGUGCUAUCGAACUUGUUCCUCUUAGUGUGGAAUUAUGGCUCGCACUGGCACGCUUAGAAACAUACAAGAACGCACAAGCGGUGCUCAACAAGGCACGACGAGCAAUCCCUACGAGUCACGAAAUCUGGAUUGCAGCAGCUCGAUUGGAAGAAGAGCACGGUACACCAAGCAGAGUCGAAUUAGUCAUUCAGAAGGCUGCUAUCGCAUUGUCGCAGACAGGUGCUGUGCUGGAUCGCGAGCAGUGGCUUAAGGAGGCUGAAAAGUGUGAAAAGAACGGAUCGGUAUUGACGUGCCAAGCCAUUGUUUCGGCAACGAUUGGCUUGAACUUGGAAGAUGAGGAUCGAAAGGACACCUGGAUGGAAGACGCCGAGGCUUGUGUCGCACAUGGAUCGAUCGAGACUGCCCGCGCCAUUUAUGCCCAUGCACUCAAGGUGUUCCCUGCAAAACAGUCGAUCUGGAAACAGGCUGCGUUUUUGGAAAAGAGUCAUGGUACUGCUCGGAGCUUGGAAGAAUUGCUGCAACGCGCUGUCCGAUACUGUCCUCAAGCCGAAGUUCUCUGGCUCAUGGGCGCCAAGGAGAAAUGGCUGGCAGACGAUGUACAAGGUGCACGUGCGAUUCUGGAAGAAGCUUUCCGUGCCAAUCCCAACAGCGAACAGAUUUGGCUUGCUGCCGUCAAGGUGGAAAGCGAAAGCAACGAGUACGAGCGUGCACGCAAAUUGCUCGAAUUGGCGCGUAAGGAGUCUGGUACCGAGCGCGUAUGGAUGAAAUCAGCACAACUUGAGCGACAACUUAAGAACUAUGACGGAUGCAUGCAACUUUUGGAAGAGGGUUUGAAAAAGUUCCCCACGUUCGACAAGUUAUGGGCAAUCAAGGGUCAGAUUCAAGACGAGGCAUUGGGCAAAACGAGCGAGGCCAGAGAAACAUACAACAAAGCAGUCAAGAACUGUCCCAAGAGCAUUAUUUUGUGGAUUCUGCUGGCAAAACUGGAAGAGAAACUGGGCAUGGUGACCAAAGCGCGUUCGACGUUGGAGAAGGCUCGAUACACGAAUCCCAAAACAGCCGAAUUGUGGAUCGAAGGUAUCCGUAUCGAAAUCAGAGCCAAGAAUACAGGUGCUGCCAAGGCCAUGUCUGCCAAAGCACUGCAAGAAUGUCCAACAUCAGGUGCCUUGUGGCGCGAAGUCAUUUACCUAGAAGCACGACCACAGCGUAAGGCACGAAGUGUGGAUGCUCUGAAAAAGUGUGAACACGAUCCCAUUGUCGUCACCACCGUUGCCCUUUUGUUCUGGACCGACCGUAAGAUCGAAAAGGCGCGCAAUUGGUUCCAGAAAGCAGUGCAGAUUGACCUUGAUCAGGGCGACUCGUUUGCAUGGUGGUACAAAUUUGAGCUGCAGCAUGGCACGGAAGAACAGCAGGAACUGGUUAUUAGACGAUGCGUGGCCGCUGAGCCGCACCAUGGCGAGCACUGGCAGGCUGUCGCAAAGGAUAUGGCAAACGUAGGUAAAAAGACGGCCGAUCUUUUGAAGAUGUGUGCUGCUGAUUUGGAACCCAUCAAGUAAAUCAACGAUUGUCCUUUUAUACUUUUCUCGCUUUCACUCGUUCAUCCCACUUUAUUGUAUAUAUUUCCUCACCCAAAUUAGUAAAAGAGAGCGUCAUUUUUAAAAUGAGAUUUGGCAGACUUAAUAAUCACAUAAUACGACAUUCAUGAACUCGUCGCUUUUUGGCAUCUUCAUGGCUAUGCUUGAUAAUCAUUAAAUACUCAGAGGGGACUGUUGUGCUAUAAUAAACAAGGUCGAUGGAGUGUCUGUGAAUUCGUAUCCGUUCUAAGAAUCAAAUCGAAUACUAAUCCUUAUGCCAGGAGAUACAGUGGGACCCAACCUGGAUCGCAGCCAGAAUUCGAGGGAAAAUAAUAGAGAGGUGCCGCCUUUCAAUCCUAGAACACUGCCAUCAUGCUUCUAAAUAAUAUUUUUCUUAAUUUCAUCUACUACUUUUGAUUUAGGAAAGAGAUACAAGUAAUGAUAGUAUCAAACAAUGAAUUCUCAUGCCAGGAAAAUAG